AUGGCGUCCACCUCUGAUGCGCCGCUGGCGUUCCUGCGCAAGAACCCCGUAUUCUCCGGUCUUUCAGAUGUCUACAAUGCCUUCCAAGAAAGGAGGGAACGGUUGGGGCUGUCGAAUCCCGGAAUGGUGGAAAAUAUCGCCAAGGAGGUCCAGCGCGAUGUUCUCACCACGAACCUGAUGUUCUCCGGCCUCCGGGCUGACCUCACAAAAGCUUUCAGCUUCAACCCUUUAUUCCAAGUAUCUCACCAGUUCGCUAUGGGCGAGAGGUUGAGUCCCUACACAUUUGCCGCUCUCUACGGCACCAGCAAGGUGUUUGCGCAAGGCAACAUCGACGACCAAGGUGCCCUCUCGGCGUCGUUCAACUGGAGAUGGAGCAAUGCUCUCACCACCAAGUCGCGCUUCCAGAUCGCCCCCGGUGGCACCGGCCAAGACAUGGCCCAGUUCGAAAACGAGUAUCUCGGCAACGAUUUUACCGCCACCCUGAAGGCCCUCAACCCCUCCUACCUUGAGGGCGGCUUGACCGGCAUCUUUAUCGGUCAAUACCUGCAGUCCGUCACACCCAAGCUCGCUCUUGGUCUGGAGGCUGUUUGGCAGCGUGCCGGCCUUACCCAAGGCCCGGAUACCGCCGUUUCCUACGUUGCUCGGUACAAGGCGGAGAACUUUAUCGCCAGCGCCCAGUUGCAGGCUCAAGGCGCACUCAACGCCUCCUACUGGCAGCGGCUGUCGGACAAGGUCCAGGCUGGUGUUGACAUGACGCUUUCCGUCGCUCCGAGCGGUGCUAUGAUGGGUGGUCUUUCCAAGGAGGGCAUCACCACCUUCGGUGCCAAGUACGAUUUCAGAAUGUCGACCUUCCGUGCCCAGAUUGACUCCGCGGGCAAGCUGAGCUGCCUGCUCGAGAAGCGGGUUGCCGCCCCCGUCAUGAUGACCUUCGCCGCCGAUGUGGACCACCUCACACGGCAAGCGAAGAUUGGUGUCGGCAUUUCCAUUGAGGCCGGCGGCGAGGAGCUCCAGGAGCAACAGGACGCCAUGGGCGCCCAGCCCCCUCCCAACAUCCCCUUUUAA